CGGAGGGGUCGGCUGGAGUUGUUUUCUGCGCUCCGCGCUGCCGGAGUGGUGCCGAGCGCCUAAGGCAGGGCUGGGGGUCGUGCCGCGGCCUCUUCUCCCUGGGGACAGCGGCGGAUUCGGACCCUUGCUGUGCUGUGGGGAAAGGCGGAGGCAGUGUGAGGGACGAGGGCGUGAGGAGAUGGGGCCAGUGCGGAUGCCCUCGUCAAUGUGCAAGCCGGCAAGAGUAGCGCAGGCUAUUGCAGAUAUGCAUGAGGAAAGUAAAGGUGCAGCAAAUGGAUGUGGCAAAAUCCGAAGUGGCACUCAGAAUGAAGCUGCUUUACUGGCCCUGAUGGAGAAGACUGGAUAUAGCUUGGUUCAAGAAAAUGGGCAAAGAAAAUUUGGUGGUCCUCCACCAGGUUGGGAAGGUCCUCCACCACCUCGUGGAUGUGAAGUUUUUGUGGGUAAGAUUCCUCGUGAUAUGUAUGAAGAUGAAUUAGUUCCUGUUUUCGAGAGAGCUGGGAAGAUCUAUGAGUUCAGACUGAUGAUGGAAUUCAGUGGUGAGAAUCGAGGCUAUGCUUUUGUGAUGUACACUACUAAAGAGGAAGCCCAGCUAGCCAUCAAAUUUCUGAAUAAUUAUGAAAUUCGUCCAGGGAAAUUUAUUGGUGUCUGCGUAAGUCUGGACAACUGCAGACUCUUUAUUGGAGCAAUUCCAAAAGAAAAGAAGAAAGAUGAAAUACUAAAUGAAAUGAAAAAAGUUACAGAAGGAGUGGUGGAUGUCAUUGUUUAUCCAAAUGCCACUGACAAAACCAAAAAUCGUGGCUUUGCAUUUGUAGAAUAUGAAUCUCACAGAGCAGCUGCGAUGGCUAGAAGGCGGCUUAUCCCAGGAACAUUCCAGCUCUGGGGUCAUACUAUUCAAGUAGACUGGGCAGACCCAGAGAAAGAAGUUGAUGAAGAGACAAUGCAGAGAGUUAAAGUAUUAUAUGUUAGAAAUUUAAUGAUGUCUACUACAGAAGAAACAAUUAAAGCUGAAUUCAACAAGUUCAAGCCAGGAGUAGUUGAACGUGUGAAGAAGCUGAGAGACUAUGCUUUUGUUCAUUUUUUCCACCGAGAAGAUGCAGUUGCUGCUAUGUCUGUAAUGAAUGGAAAGUGCAUUGAUGGAGCUAGCAUUGAAGUAACACUGGCAAAGCCAGUUAACAAAGAAAGUACUUGGAAGCAACACUUCAAUGGUCAGAUAAGUCCUGGUUCUGAAAAUCUCUUAGGGUUUCCUAACAAAGAAGAUGGUCAUCAAAAAUCCAUAGGGAAACCAGCAAGUCUUUCGGUUCGUCUUAAUGGUCAGCACAGUCCAGGCCCUCCUGAAAUAGAAAGAUGUACAUACCAGUUUUUUCCAGGAAUAAAGCUUACUCCAAUUAGCGUGUAUUCUUUAAAAUCCAGUCACUUCAGUUCUGCAGCAAUGCAUCUGGAUUAUUUUUGCAAUAAAAAUAACUGGGCACCACCAGAAUACUACUUGUAUUCAACCACAAGUCAGGAUGGGAAAAUACUCCUGGUGUACAAGGUGUUUAUUCCUAGUAUUGCAGACAGUUCCCAGAGUUACUUCAUGCCAGACAAACUUUGUACAACAGUAGAAGGUGCAAAGGAAUUGGCAGCACAGUUCACACUUCUACAUCUAGCCCCUGAGCAAGCAUAUAGAACUUUGCUGUCCCUGAAUGCAACACUGUGGGAUAGUAGAGCCAACUGCACACCCUAUUUGGCUUGAAUUGCCCUGAAGAAGAAAAGUUUGGAAUGUGUUGCUUUGGAUUUUGCCACGAAAGGAAAAAAAUACCACACUGAUACAUAAUUACUGGAAAUUCACAUUACAUGUUUUAUUGAUGAAUAAGUCUUCAAGGCACGUGUGUAUUAAACAUUUAACUUUAAAGAUUAGUGACAUGGAAUGUUAAAUUGUUUUGGUUAGCUUGAUUAAAUUUGUUUUGAAAAGAUAAUUUGUUUAAAAGAUUUUUAUUACCUGUAAUAGUUUAUACAACAGUGUCUUAUUUUUAGUGUUGAAAUAAUUUGCUACACUUCCUACUCUUGUAUUUUGAGCUUCACGCAGAAUUUUUACAGCUUCUGUUGUAACUAAUGCAUCUUAAGCAAACAUUUAAAAAAAAGAAAAGCAACACUGAAGACUCACCACCCUGUCAACCCUGCCUUUUCAUACAUAAACAUACAUACUAUGAAACUUAAAUACCACCCUCAGAUUUGUUGCUGUAACCUGAUGCAAAAUCUUAUAGGAAGAACAUGUCCAAUAAAAUCUUUGUUUCUGGUAUAACAUUGCAUGAAUGGAGGAGUGGUAUUUUGAGGGGCUUUAUGUUGAUGUACCAUCAGGCUCCAUGAGAUAUCUUGCUGUAGUGAUAACGUAGAGAUUCAAUACCUUAGAUAAUUCUUUGAGACAAAAAUGGGCAACAAAAACAUCUUGACACGUACAAGUUAUGUGUACUUUUAUGUACAGUUCACUAAGUUGCAUUUUGCGUUGUUAGCACCUUUCUGCUGGGACAUGUGUGCAUCCAUGGUCACAGGGGCCUGACUCUUACCCAGGCUGUCCGUUGUAACCAGCACUUCCUCUUGCCCAUGCUUGCCAUGUGGAACAGCAGCUUGCUCACUUUCUGAUCAGGCCAUGUUCUUCUUAAAAACAUCAUUUAGCAUUAAACUGAAAAUGGUUUUCAAGUUUUUAAAUCGGGUAUAUGUAAUUCAUUUUGAGUGAGACAUCUUUAUUUUUAUUGUGACUAUUUAGCAUUUCUCAGGAAAGUGCCUUAUUUAUUGAAUGAUAAAAAAUAAAGGCCUUUUUUUUCUUUUUUAAAAAUCUGAAACUAAUACAGUAGAUCAUCCUUCUUUUUGAAUUUGGGGUAUAGUUUCAGUUCCUGGUCAAGGAAUGGGCUAAGUAGCAUAUGUUAAGAAUCUAAGAACCUGACCUAUGCAAGUAUUGGUUGUAAUCUGUUGUGUCUGAAAAGUGUUUGUCAAAAUGGAAUAUUAUGUAGACAGAAAACAAUGCAAUGGAAAGAUAUAAAGUUGAAUAUUUUUUUCUUAAAAGCAGUCAACUAUUGUGGUCCAUUACAUAUUUUAGUUUAACCUACUUCAUCAGCAUAUGAAAUUGUCUUUUUUGGUGUUAAUUUAGGUGCAGUUGUAGUAGUUUAAUUUUAUUUGCAUUUAAUAUUAGCUACAUAGCAGUUGUUUUAAGUGUUGUAAUUUUUAAUGUUGAAAUCAUGUGUUUGACUUCUGUACUUGAAUUAACAUUUAUAUUAAAUUUAUGCUGUUAGUA